AUGAAUCAGGACUUUACAUUCCCCUCGUACGUCGAGACCCCGGACGACAAGAUGAUGUAUCCUCAAAUAUUACCACCGCUAAAUCCCCUUCACGCCGAACCCUCAUAUGGAUUGGACCACACAUCUUUCACCAAUUUGGACCGAAGGACGCGCCUGGAAUCGCGCGUGAUGCCCCUUGAGGAACUUGUCGUCCGUGGACACUCUGACCUGUCGUUCCCCAGGAUGUCAAUUGGCCCCGAUGCUACAUACCACGUUCCGGAAACCCUAGGAAAGGAGGAACCAUAUGACUGCGUCCCGCUUUUCUAUGAGUGUGAAUAUCCAUCACCACCUGGUCCGCCUGCCACAGACCUUUCUUCUAUUUCGGAGACUGACCGGUCUCCUAGUCCGGGGAAUUUUGCUGCUUAUUCCUUGAACCCCAUUCAACAUGGGCAUAUGUUCGAACCAUCUAUCCAGGAUUUUGACGGAUAUGGAUCAGUGACCCCGCGCGAGGUUGAGCAUUAUCCUGAGCCUUUUACCGAACCAGAAUGUUGCGGCGACAAAGUUGCACAGAUAUACCCUUGUCCGACCUCGUACCACUCUGCUGAGGGAGGGCUCGUGACCCACGAUAUGGGCGACGAUAUGGACGACGAUGUCGACGCUGACGGCGACGAAGACGACCAGCCCCGCAAUUCCUACCUAGAGAGCCAACAGAGCUCUUUGGCAAGCAUGCCCAGAACAAAGACUCCCUCGAGUCUCCAGCGGAAGAAGACUCCCAAAGCACCUUCUCCUCGUACACGCAAAAGCGGUCCUCGUCAUGACCCUGGUUAUAAAUCCAAAGCCAGGUCUAAUCCGAAAAACGGCGCUGCCGACCGUCUUUUCUUCUGCAGCUUCAAGCAGUACGGAUGUCCCAGUACUUUCAACUCAAAGAACGAGUGGAAGCGACACAUCGCGUCACAGCAUCUCAAGCUGGGAUUCUGGCGUUGUGAUCUUCCAGGCUGUGGCUCAACCGACAAAGUCCCGAACGAUUUCAACCGCAAGGACCUGUUUACGCAGCACUUGCGCCGGAUGCACAACCCAGGCAAUAACAAAAACGCGAAAAUCGACCCAAACGAUGACUUCGAGCAUACCCUUCGUGAACACCAUACCCGAUGCUGGCUGAGACAACGCAGCCCUCCACCGCAAACCAAGUGCGCUGAAUGCAAUAUCGUCUUCACUUCCUGGGAGGAGCGCAUGGAGCAUAUGGGCAAGCACUACGAGAGUGGCUCCUUUAGCGGUGAAGCCGAGGACCCCAAUCUCGUCGGUUGGGCGCUUCGAGAAGGUAUCCUCUGUAGAGAGGGUUCUUCGAAGGUUAUCUUAUCCAGUCUGCUCAAGACACGCCGCCGGAAGUAA